CUGGGCCGCCAGCUGCCGUGCCGCUUCAGCCUCAGCCGCCGCAGGGGAAGGCGCCAGCUGCUGUGCCGCUCCAGCCUGGGCAGGGGAAGGCGGCCGCUGCUGGGCCACCUCAGUCUGAGCCCGAGCUGGGGAAGGCGCCGCCUGCUGAGCCGCCUCAGCUUGAGCAGGGGAAGGCGCCACCUGCUGAGCCGCCUCAGCCUCGGCAGGGGAAGGCGCCACUUGCUGAGCCGCCUCAGCCGCUGCAGGGGAAGGCGCCGCCUGCUGCGCCGCCUGAGCUCCAGCAGGGGAAGGCGCCGCCUGCUGUGCCGCCCGAACCUCAGCAGCAGGGGAAGACGGCCGCUGCUGUGCCACCUCAGUCUGGGCCUGAGCAGGGGAAGGCGGCCGCUGCUGUGCCACCUCAGCCAUCUCAGCAGAAGGCGCCGCCUGCUGAGUCACCUCAGCCUGCGCAGGGGAAGGCGGCCGCUGCUGUGCUACCUGAUCAGGGGAUGGCGUCCGCUGCUGUGCUACCUCAGCAGAGCCAGCAGAAUGGGCUGGAACCACCUGGUGAAGCGCUUCAGCUUGAUGGGCCCGAUCAUCCUAGGAAUCCUGGGGCGCCAGUGGGAGGAGAUCGACGCCAUCGGCACAGAGGAUUCUGGCCAGUUCACUUGCUGCAAGUGCAGGUUGCUUCUGCCUGAGGAUGAGCGAGUGGAUGAUCACGAGGCGAAGAAGUGCGCCAAAGACACGUGCUCAAAGUGCUACCUCAAUUCCCGCACUUUGACGAGGCGCUUCAAGAAGCAGAAGUCCCUCAAGGAUUGGUUCUCCGCCAAGAGUGAGGCUGAUAAGGUUCAGUGGUACCUCGACCACAGGGACUGCGCGGUCGAG